GAGUAAAAUAUUUAUGUUGUAGAAAGAUGAUAAAGGGAUUAAGUUGAAAGUUGUACUAAGAUUAAGUAAUACAAUACUGAUAAAGAUAUGGGAAAGUUAAAAGGAUUACUUUGUGGAGUAAGAAAGAAAAAGAAGCAAAAGGAUGCAGUGCCAGAUAUAGAAAAAGAGAGAAAAUGUGAUGAUAAUUGUUCCAAUCAAAAUAAAGAUUGCAAAGAUAAAGAACAAGGCGAAGAAAAACAAGCCAGCAAGAUAUUCAAUAUUCAUAUCAAUGCUGGUAGUGUUUCUAUAGCUGGAGGGAUAAUUAGGGAAAGGGAGGAACAUAGUGACAGUGAAUAUGAAAGUGAUAGUAAAUCUGCAGUAGUGAAAGAUCAACUUCUAACAGAGGUUUAUACUCCAGUGAAUGAAACUGAAAAUGGACUUAUCGUAACUUCCAGUCAAGAUUCUGGUAUAGGGUCUGAAGUAGUUUUUCCAACAACAAGCAAAGACUCAGAGACAGAUGAACAUACGUGUAAACCAGAGAUAAAGAAAAUAGAUGAAAUUGAAGAUUUACCAAAGACCUUUGAAAAUAAUAAUAAGUUGGAGGAUUCUAUAUAUGAGGAAGAUAAAGUAGAUGAAAUAAGCUCUAUAAACCAAGGAAUGAAUGAGGAUUAUAUAGAUAUUCAAGCAGUAGUUCAAUGUACAGAAUACACAGAAACAGCACCAAAAAGGAGUGAAAACAGUCUAGCUGAAACAGUGGAAGAAGAUGGAUCUUCAUUGAGUAUAACAAACUAUAACAAUGUUGACAACCUUGCUCAAUUCAGCAAAGUAAGCAGAAGGCUAAGUACUCCUGGCAGUUUACCAGAAGGAAACUCAAAUUCAGACUGUCAACUGAUUGGUAGCCAUGGUGGACAAGACAACCUGUCUGGUUUAUCAGGAAGAGGUACCAAUGAGGAUAGAAGUCAAAAUAUAGAAUGUGGCCAGAGUGGUGGAGUAAAUGAUCAGUGUUCUUCUCAAUCUGUCAAUAGUGUGCUUAGUAGAGCAGCUAAUGAAGAAACAGACCAAGCUAUCCAAGAAGAGGAAAAUAUAUCAGGGGAAAAUGAUGUUGACCAGGAUGCAGAGGUUUACAACACAGCCACUCCUAGCGAUGGAAGACCAGAAAAUAGUGAACAAAAAGAUGAGAGCACUGAGAAGAAAGGGGUAGAUGGAGCUGUUGUAUCAGAUGUUAUUAACAAGAUCAGCGAUUUUGGAAAGGACAGCAUGUGUAAAAACUUCGAUAUUGCUAUGACACCAAAGAGCAAUAAUGAAGUCAAAAUAGAAAUGGGGCUUGAAAUAGGUAACACAGGAAGAAGUGUGGCCCAAUAUAUGGCAAAUGUUGCUAUUCAGGGUUUUCAAGCUUAAACACUAUUAUCUAUAGUGUUUGUCAAUCAAAAGUAAUAAGUUCUAUUAACUUUUUGUAUGAUAUUGUGUUUAUUCUCAUAAAAAAUAUAUCUGUUAGUGGUGAUACAAAUGUAGCAAAAACCUGUUUGAUAGAAUAUGAAUUAACACAAAAUCAUAAAUCUGUUCUACUUAGAAUGUUAAAUAAUCCAGUUUUUCCAACAUUUUAUUAGUCUACAUCUUUGCUAGCCUUGGCUAGCGAAGAUGAUAAGUCUUAUACUUAAAUGUGUUUACAAUCUGUUUAUUGCAUUUAAUAUGUAUUUGUAGUGGAAUAAAAUUCUUAAAUAUGUAGGACUCUAAAGUGCUAUGGUAAAGCUAAAGUGCGAUGGUCUACGCUAAAGUAAAUGGCGUCUCACGCUAAAGUGCGAUGGUUGUUUGUUCCCUAAAGUAUGAUGGUGUGUCAUGCUAAAGUGCAAUGGUCCAAAGGGUAAGAUUUGAAGUAAUAAAACAUCGAGGUUAAAAAAGCAGAAGCUUAGGUAUAACAUAUGUGAUAGGCUUUACAAUUUACCUGUAGACUGAAGUAAUUGUUUCUAAAUUUACAAGUCUGACCAAGUAAUAAUUGCUAUAAAAUUGAUUUAUGUUUUGCAAAUAUCAUAAAUCAUGUAAAAUAAUUUUUUAACAAUUUGGAGCAUAUUGAAUAUUUGGAAAAUUGGUGUAGAAUGCCUUUCAUACUAAUCUUAUAACCUCUCUUACAUUUGUCAAUGAAAAUCAAACAUACAAAAUUUGUUCAUUGUCGGGAUAUGCAACAUUUAUUUGUAUAAGUUGUAAUCUAAAUGCGAGAGAAUUGCAAUGAUCGCUGAUCUUCUCAUUUUUCGUAGCGAGUACAACUACAUGUUUUUUAUUUUCCUACAAUGCACAGUAAGAACUUAUGUUUUAGCAGACAAUUUAUAGUUCACGCAUGCAAACAUGUAUCUCUAUUUUAGUUUUCCGACGUUACUUUUCAUUAAAAUCGAUGGCAUUUUAACGGGGAUUACAAAGUAAACUGCCACAUAAACAAUGAUUUGAAUGUAUCCAUUCGCUUCAAAUAGAAGCAGGAUAAGUAUGUGUAAACUAUUUGGUAUCUAUAUAGUAAAAUGGUCGACUGUAGGAUACAAGUUCUUCUUCCAGCACUCGAAAAAAUAAACAUUGUGAUUUAGCCGACAAAGAACGAUUAAAUUAAAUCAAUAAAUCGUAAGUCAUGGACAUUUGGUGUAAAAAUUGUUAAUCAAAUAUUCCUAAUCUAUCUUCUGGCAUGUUCAUUAUUGGUUUGUAUUUAAACGACUGUUAACGUCAUUAUCGAACUAUGUUUCUAUGUCUAUAUUUUCGCUGAGCAUCGGACUUUAGCGUAUGGAAGCAUCCUUUAGCAUAGACCAUGGCACUUUAGCGAGACCAUCAUACUUUAGCGUCCCCAUCGCACUGUAGAGUCCUACAAAUAUUUGGAACUUGACCUCAAAUACUAAAUGAAAAAAAAUGAAAAUAUGUGUUAUCAACUGGACCAAUUUUUUCAGUCACUUUGUCUCCUAAUUAAGUCAUGCUACAUUGACUUCAAUCCUUUUUACAUUGUCAGAUCAAUUCUUAAGUUUAUAGUUUAGUUUUUGUUUAAUAGUAAGCUACAGUUCAUAUUUCUUAUAAGUCUGCAUAGAAUAUUAUUGGGUUUUUGGGAAUAUGUUGCAAUAGAAAUCCCUGCUUUAAAGUUUGAAUUAGAAAAUGAGGUUUCAUCCUGAUUUACUGAUUAUAAAAGUUUUACAGAUGUUAUGUUUCUAGAUUGGGUGUAUACAUUGAAUUUGUAAUUUUGUGCCCCAAUGAACAUGUUUAACCCUGCAUCAUUCUAUGUGCCUAAUCCAAAGCCAGGAGCCUUUAAAUCAGUGAUUAUCUUCAGUUGUUUACUCUUCCAAUGCACAUAAGAUCCCAUUCAGGUUUUUUUAUAGUUAUUUUUGUGGAUUUCAUGUCUUGAUACUCUGGUCUGGUCAGUCAUUAUCUAUGAUGCAUCUAUUUUGGGACUCUCUUUCUUUUCUUGUAUAAACACUAUCCAGAACAGAACUAUAUCAGGGUUUUUAUGGAUGUUGGCAAAUAUAUGUUGUACUGUUAAACCACUGUCUUAGGUUAGAUGGAGGAUUGGUCAGGAAUCCUGCUUACAUGAUUAACAAUGUCACAUUCUGUAUGUAUGUGCCUGUCCCAAUUCAGGUAGUCUGUAGUUCAGUGGUUGUCUUUUGUUGAAGUUUUACAUAUCUGUUUUUCAUCCAUUUUUUUUUGUACAUAGAUAAGGUUGAAGGUUUCUCAAGUGAAUUGUAUUACAUUUGUCAUUUCAGGGUCUUUCAAAGCUGACAAUAAGGUAUGGGCUUUGCUCAUUGUUGAAGGCAGUAUGGUGACCAAUAGUUGUUAAUUUAUGUGUUAUUUGGUCUCUUGCCAAUCAUACCACAUUUUCUUUUGUUAUAUUCAUACUAAUUAGCUAUAUUAAUCACACUAUAUUUAAAACAAAAUAUGUCUAUUCAAUUUAGAAGUUCUUAUGCAAAAUUUAGAUGUGGUGUUUCACGAAUGAAAAUAGAAACAGGAUAAUAUGAGAAAUCCAAUAAAUGAAAGAUCUUGUUCUAUGUGUAAAAAUGAAAUUGAAGAUGAAAACAUGUAUUUACUUUAUGUCCUCUAUAUGCAGACUUGAGAGAUAUAUUGUAUAGUAAAGCAGUUAAACAUAAUGAUCAUUUUUAUAACUCGUCUAUUGACGAAAAAGUUUGUAUUUUUAUUUUAAAAUGAAUAAAUAUGUCAGGUAGUUUCUAAAACUUGCUUAAAUAUCUUAUGUAGAAGAACAAAUUUCUUAUUUGUAUCAAGCUGGUCCAAGGACACAGUUAUCAUACUUUAGUUUUUGUCGUCUACAAAUAUAGUCCCUAGUGUAAACAGUGUAUAUCUUGCAAAUUUUGUUCAUACACUUUCCCAAUUUAUUUCUUGAAAUUGCAUUUAUGAAAUACUGUAAACCAACUUAUUUUCGCGGAUACUUUAUUUCACAUUUGACCCUUUCUAGUCCACUUUGCGGCUUUUUAGUUUCGCGAUUGUUCAAAUUUAUAUGAUAUAGUUUAAGAAGUAAAGAUCCAAGUUUUACAUUUUUUCGACGAUUUACAUUCACGUUAUUUUUCUACUCGCGAAAGUUGUGAAAAGAAGUUGGUUUACAGUAUUAAGUAAGGGGAUGAAAUUACAUGUUUAGAAAAUUUGGGUCCUGAAUCUUUAUGUUAAGUAGCAAUUUGGUCUAGGAAAAAGUCCAAAAUUAGUAACAUCUGAAACUGUCAAACUGAAUUUUAGACCCCCUUUACAUAGAACUAUCAAUAUUUAAAGUUCAGGCUGGUAGACUUUUCUAUAAUUUUGAUAUUGUUUGUUACAAUAGUUGUACACUACAUUGUAAAAAUCUUUUUGAGUUAGAGCAGGUGCAAUUUAAGCUUAUGGUAUUUUACAGUUAGUUUUAAUACAUAAUAUGUUUUUAUAUGUAUUCCAAUGUUUUAUGUUAUACACAAUGAUUUUUAUAUGUGUAUUGGAAUGCAUAAUGUAUAAACAUGGUUUGAUUCAAAAUGUAGAAGAUGAAAUUAAUAUGAGCAAUGUAUAGGAUUCUAUACAAACUUUGUAAAAAGAAUUUUGGCAUCAUAAAGUAUGGAGUGAUGAAAAUGUCAAUGGUAAUAAGUUAAGAUUUCAUUGAUUGUUUAAAACUUGCAUAUGUACGGAGCCUUAUGUAAAGGUAGUCAAUAAUAGAUGCCACCGACGUAUUUUGUCACUUUUCAGAGCUGGUUCGUUACAACUUUAAGUUGAAACAGGUCGAUAUUCAAGCCCGUAGCCAGAAAUUUUCUAGGGGGGUAUUUGGACUCACAAACUCGAGGUUAACAGUCACAAUUCGAACAGAAUGUUGACUUUAACAGUGCUUAUUUUUGUUCAAGGGGGGGUUCCUCCAAAACCCCAGAAACCCCCUGGCUACGGGUAUGAUAUUAAAGACCACCAGAACCUCUACAAGACUGUUUAUGUAUUUUUUGUGAUAGUGGCCAAAUUGAAGAUGAAUAACACUUUCUUUUUAAUUGUUGUUUUUACUCUGAUAUCAGACAUGAAAUAUAUGCCAAGCCUGUCUUUUAAAUGUUGAUUUUGAGUAUUUAUGCGAUAUUGAAAAACUUCGUUUUCUUAUGUGUAUUGAGAAUAUGGUUCCUCUUUUAGCUAGUUCUGUUUAUUCUAUGAUUUACCAACGAAAAUAUGUCAUCUAGAAAUUAUAUUUGUGGGUUUUUUGGGUGUUUUUUUACCAAAUGCUUUAUAAAUGUAUUAAAGUUGUCCUUUUAUGUAUGUUUUAGAUGUUUGUUUUAAUGAUAGUGUCUCAUAAGCUGUUUUGGGCUGGCAUCCUUUUAUUAAAUGUUAGGUUCUUAUGACUUUAUGUGUCUAGAUUAAAACUGACGAGAUAAUGUAACACCCAGCAACCAAAAUCUUUAUUAUUAUGAAGCCCAGGUGGUCGGGUGGUCUAGGGCACUGGAUACAGUGCAGGUGAUUUGGUGUCACGAUAUCUCAGAAGCAUGGGUUCCAAUCCAGGAGAGGGAAGAACAAAAAAUUCGUGAAAGCUAAUUUACAGAUCUAACAUUGUUGGGUUGAUGUUAAUACGAGUUGUAUAUAUAUAUAGAUACUGUAAUGGAUGGUGACACUUUAUUAAAAUAAAUCUGAUCUUA